UACUGAAUAUAGUUCCCUACAAUACACAGUAGUUGCUUGUUUAUCUAUUUUAUAUAUAAUAGUGUGUAUCUGUUAAUCCCAAAAUUCUAUUUCUUGUUUUUAUGAGAGGAGAAAAUGAGACACAGUGAGGGUUUGAUGCUGAUGAGAACUGCACAAUAUCCACUGGCAUUGAAGAUUUCACUAGUGAAUCUUUACCACUGAAGGAAGGGCUGAAACAGAAGGAAGAUGUGUCUGUUAGAAAUCAAACCAGGAAUAACCUAUGCUGACCCCUUGACUGAAUUGUCCCCGAGUGUUUCCUGACACAGAUCUUUGCUUUCAGUCCCUCACAACUAAAGAAUGGGGCUCAACUUGACACUUGCAAAAUUACCAGAUAAUGAGCUGCAUGGCCCAGGGAAUCACACCCCAAGUAACACAAGCGAUGGACCCGGAAAGAACACCACCGUUCACAACGAAUUUGACACUAUCGUCUUGCCUGGGCUUUACCUCGUUAUAUUCGUGGCAAGCAUCUUGCUGAAUGGUCUAGCAGUAUGGAUCUUCUUUCACAUUAGGAAUAAAACCAGCUUCAUAUUUUAUCUCAAAAACAUAGUGGUUGCCGACCUCAUAAUGACACUGACAUUUCCAUUUCGAAUAGUCCAUGAUGCAGGACUUGGACCUUGGUACUUCAAGUUUAUCCUCUGCAGAUACUCUUCGGUUUUAUUUUACGCCAACAUGUAUACUUCCAUUGUGUUUCUUGGGCUGAUAAGCAUUGAUCGCUACCUGAAGGUGGUAAAGCCAUUUGGCGACUCUCGCAUGUACAGCAUAACCUUUACAAAGGUUUUAUCUGUCUGUGUUUGGGUGCUCAUGGCUGUCCUGUCCUUGCCAAACAUCAUUCUAACCAAUGUCCAACCAACUAGGGAAAAUAUUCAUGAGUGCACGAAACUUAAGAGUCCUUUGGGAGUGAAAUGGCAUAAUGCCAUCACUUACGUCAACAGCUGCUUGUUCGUGGUUGUGCUGGUGAUACUGAUCGGGUGUUACAUUGCCAUUUCCAGGUACAUUCACAAAUCCAGCAGGCAAUUCAUAAGCCAGUCAAGCCGAAAGCGAAAACACAACCAGAGCAUUAGAGUGGUUGUGGCUGUGUUCUUCACCUGUUUUCUACCCUAUCACUUGUGUAGGAUUCCCUUUACUUUCAGUCACUUGGACAGACUUUUAGAUGAGUCGGCACACAAAAUCCUGUAUUACUGCAAAGAAAUGACACUUUUCUUGUCUGCGUGCAACGUGUGCCUGGACCCAAUCAUUUACUUUUUCAUGUGUCGCUCAUUUUCAAGAAGGCUAUUCAAAAAAUCAAACAUCAGAACAAGGAGCGAAAGCAUCCGAUCACUACAGAGUGUUAGAAGAUCCGAGGUCCGCAUAUACUAUGAUUAUACUGACGUGUAG